GGUGGUUCCCCGGCCUCGGUAGCGUUCUGCCAUGGACCCGAUCCGGGCCUUCUGCGGGAAGCUGCGGAUCCUGGCCGGCACGCUAGACUGCGAGACGGUCCGACUGCAGCGAGCACUGGACGGAGAGGACAGCGACUUAGAAGAUUAUCCACUGGGGAUUUUACAUGACCUUCAUUCAGAAGUCCAGGCUCUGAAGGAUGAUGUUAAUAUUCUUCUUGAUAAAGCAAGAUUGGAAAGUCAAGAAAGCAUUGAUUUUAUUAAAGCAACAAAAGUACUGAUGAAAAAAAAUAAAGUGGAUAUCAUAAAAAUAAGAGAGUUUUUCCAGAUGUAUGGAUACAAUCCACGUGUCAAGGAAACAGUUUCUGAGCAGGAAAUCUCUGGCUCUACCCAAGAGAUGGCUAGUGGCGACAGCAUUCCAAAGUCUGAUAUGAAGGACGACCCAUCUGACCUGCCUAUCCCAGGCAGUUCUGUUUCUGAGGAACCUCUGCGGAGUCCACAGCUUGCAGAUUUUGGACUGGAGCGAUAUAUGAUACCUCAGUGUGCUCUAAAGAUGGAUGAUUUUGAGUGUGUAACUCCUAAAUUAGAACACUUCGGUAUCUCAGAAUAUACUAUGUGUCUAAAUGAAGAUUACACAGUGGGGCUUAAAAAUAAGAAGACUAUAGAAAGUGAGGUAGCUGUAGAAACGGAAGCUAGAACCAGUGAUAACGGCUUUGUCACACCUGGCCCCAUAAUCCAGCAGCUGGAAAAAAGUGAUAUCCAGUAUACAGAAUCCCCUUUGGCACCUACUUUCUGCACUCCUGGUUUGAAAGUUUCUUUUAUAAAGAACAACACAGCUUUGGUAUCCACAGAUUAUCCAUUAUCAGAAACACACAGUUCAUCAAAUGAUUUUGAAGUUAAAGAUUCAUUAGUUUUAAAUACAGACCAAUGCUUGCAGAAUUUUGCAGAUCCUUCCUCUCCUACAAUUUCAUCUUAUGAGAAUCUUCUCAGAACACCUACACCUCCAGAGGUAACUGCUAUUCCAGAAGAUGUUCUCCAGAUUUUGUCAAAAUACAACUCAAACCUCGCUACUCCUGUAGCAGUGAAAGCAGUUCCUCCCAGGAAAGGGUUUCCCAGACCUGACAGGUGGAACAUCCAAGAGGUCGGCAACAAAGAAAACUGGUGAAAAAAUUCUAUUCAUUAUAGAAACUGAACAGAAUAGAAUGGAGCACAGCUGGACUUAUUUUGUUAUUUACAUUCCCUUCCGAC